UCAUUUUAUGCUCACAGAGCUAGCAGUUAUGAACGCAACAUUUUGCUUCGUUUCAGUAUGCCUCUUGCUUACAGGGAAUGCUAUGGCUAAUCCAGAAAUUAGAAUUGAUGAUGCUCCGGAAUAUGAAAAGUGGCAAGACAUCAACGGGGCUCUCUCAAAUAGCGAUUCACUGUCAUGGAUGUACGUUCGCACAUACCAACCAGAGCCUGGUGAUCCAGAAUACGCGUGUGUGUACGCCAAGGUUUCUCGCCUUCCACAAAAGGGACAAUACAUCUUCCAGCAAGGAUGGACGCAGCCAGACAAUACUACAAUUGAAGUCCCGCUGUUUGUGAAUACAACUAAAACCCCAGGCGAUGGUUAUACACGAAAAAAGGACAAUGCUAUGCAUAUCACUCUGAAUAUACCUCAGCUAAAGCUUUACAAGGACUUUGGAAUAUACAAACUCAUAUACUCUGACAACGAAAAGUGCGAUAUACUAAGAGUGACGUCGAAGCAGCAGGGUUACGCUUGUGAGAUGUAUCUGCACAGCAGUGCACUGAAGACAGGUGUCCCUCCGGGAUGCAAAAGCAUCUACAGACACGCCUGCGGAAGAGGAGACCGUUACCAUCUUCGAGUGUAUCAUCCGACCUGCACAAUGCACACAAAAAUCAAAGAUAACACCACUGUCCCUUACAGAACGAAAUAA